UUUUAUUGAUAUGAUGAUAUUUAAUUAGUUUCUCCAAAUCCUGCUCUGCUGCUAUUUACGAUGGAAGCAUGGAAGGAGGGAAGCAUCGUACAUUUUCUGUGGCGACGUGUGGGCCUAACUACUGAAUCCUUGGCCUUGGGCACACGCCGGCGUUCAACUCAAUCUUUUUCUCUUUACCGUCACAGUGAUAGACGAGUAUUCUUGGGUUCCUCAAUUUCAUACCAUGUUCCGGGAAGUGCAAGUGCAAGUUGCAGCAGCGGCAGCAAUAGCAAUAGCAGAACCCGCAGCAGCAGCGCUGCCAAGAGACGAAUACACAGGAACAGAAGAGAAUACGGCGCCGGUGGCGGUAAUGAUGUGCGCAAACAGAAAUUGCCCCCGCAAGAAAAUGAUCUGAAAAGCGACCCUGUGGGCGUUCGUGCUCUAUAUCAGAAUGGAGAUCCAUUGGGACGGAAGGAUUUGGGCAAAGGCGUGGUGAAAUGGAUAUGCCAAGCCAUGAAAGCCAUGGCCCUGGAUUUCGCAAUGGCAGAUCUGCAGGGCGAUUUUGCGGAAUUGAAACAGCGUAUGGGGCCGGGUCUCACCUUUGUACUCCAGGCUCAGCCUUACCUCAAUGCUGUUCCCAUGCCCCUAGGUCUGGAAGCCAUCUGCCUCAAAACUUGCACUCAUUAUCCUACCCUCUUUGACCACUUUCAGAGGGAACUCAGAGACGUUCUUCAGGAGCUCCAGCACAAAACGCUCAUUCACGACUGGCGUAAAACCGAGUCAUGGAAGCUGCUCAAGGAACUCGCCAAUUCAGCACAACAUAGAGCCAUUGCAAGGAAAACUUCCCCAUCCAAGUUGGUCCGGGGUGUGUUGGGAUUGGACCUCAUCAAGGUCAAUGCCAUUCAGAGUAGGAUCGAUGAAUUUACCAAGCACAUGUCUGAUCUACUACGCAUAGAAAGGGACGCGGAAUUGGAGUUCACUCAGGAAGAGCUGAAUGCUAUUCCUAUGCCUGAUGAGCAUUCCAAUUCGUUGAAGCCCAUUGAAUUCCUUGUCAGCCAUGCCCAGGCUGAGCAAGAGCUUUGUGAUACCAUUUGCAAUUUGACUGCAGUCAGCACAUCUAUAGGUCUAGGAGGAAUGCAUUUGGUUUUGUUCAGAGUGGAAGGAAACCACAGAUUGCCUCCCACUAACCUCUCUCCAGGAGAUAUGGUUUGCGUGAGAAUAUGUGAUAGUAGGGGAGCUGGCGCAACUUCUUGCAUGCAAGGAUUUGUUAAUAAUCUGGGGGAUGAUGGAUGUAGUAUAAGUGUGGCGCUAGAAUCCCGUCAUGGAGAUCCUACCUUUUCUAAAUUAUUUGGCAAGAAUAUCCGUAUUGAUCGCAUCCAAGGAUUGGCUGAUGCUGUCACUUAUGAGCGCAAUUGCGAAGCUUUAAUGCUGCUUCAGAAGAAGGGUUUACAGAAAAAGAAUGCUUCAUUAGCUGUUGUGACUACAGUUUUUGGAGAUAAAGAAGAUAUUGCAUGGUUUGAGGAUAAUAGCUUGAUAGAUUGGGCGAAUGUGGAAUUGAAUGAUCUAGUAGACACUGAGUUUUUUGACACAUCACAACAAAGAGCUAUUGCAUUAGGUUUAAACAGAAAGCGUCCUGUACUUAUAAUUCAAGGACCUCCUGGAACUGGGAAGACCCGGGUGCUGAAGCAACUAAUUUCACUUGUUGUGGAACAGGGGGAAAAGGUACUGGUCACAGCACCCACUAAUGCUGCUGUGGAUAACAUGGUUGAGCAAUUAUCUGACAUCGGAGCUGAUGUUGUGCGGGUAGGUAAUCCAGCACGAAUAUCUCCUGCUGUUGCAUCUAAAUCCCUGGUUGAAAUUGUCAACUGUAGACUUGCAGAUUUUAAAUCAGAAUUUGAAAGGAAGAAAUCUGAUUUACGAAAGGACCUGAGCCAUUGCUUAAAAGAUGAUUCUUUAGCUGCUGGUAUACGUCAGCUUUUGAAACAGUUGGGAAAGACUAUGAAGAAGAAGGAGAGGGAGACAGUUAGAGAAAUUCUUUCAAGUGCUCAGAUUGUGCUUGCCACUAAUAUCGGAGCAGCUGACCCAAUGGUUAGAUGGCUCAGCCCCUUUGACUUGGUAGUCAUAGAUGAAGCAGGUCAAGCCAUUGAACCUUCUUGUUGGAUACCAAUAUUGCUGGGAAAGCGGUGUGUGCUUGCAGGAGAUCAAUGCCAAUUAGCACCUGUUAUCUUAUCUAGGAAAGCCUUACAAGGUGGUCUAGGAGUGUCUUUAUUGGAAAGAGCAUCAUCUUUACAUGAAGGGGUUCUUGCGACAAAGUUGAUGACACAGUAUAGGAUGAAUGAUGCAAUAUCUAGCUGGGCUUCGAAGGAAACGUAUAAUGGCUUGCUGAAAUCCUCUCCAACUGUUGCUUCUCAUGUUUUGUCUGAUUCUCCAGUGGUUAAGCCAACAUGGAUAACACAAUGCCCAUUGCUGUUGCUUGACACCAGAAUGCCCUAUGGAAGUUUGUCCAUUGGCUGUGAAGAACAAUUAGAUCCAGCUGGCACAGGUUCUUUCUAUAAUGAAGGGGAAGCAGAUAUUGUAGCACAACAUGUUUUUUCAUUGAUUUAUGCUGGUGUUAACCCAGAAGCCAUAGUGGUUCAAUCUCCCUACGUUGCUCAAGUUCAACUCCUAAGAGAUAGGCUGGAAGAGUUUUCCUUUUCGAUGGGUGUUGAGGUUGCAACCAUUGAUAGCUUUCAGGGCCGAGAAGCAGAUGCUGUGAUUAUAUCCAUGGUUCGGUCAAAUAACCUCGGAGCUGUUGGGUUUUUAGGAGACAGCAGGCGAAUGAAUGUUGCAAUAACUAGAGCACGCAAACAUAUGGCAAUUAUUUGUGAUAGCUCGACAAUAUGCCACAAUUCCUUUCUGGCUAGGUUGUUGCGUCAUAUCAGAUAUUUUGGCAGGGUGAAACAUGCUGAGCCUGGUGGUUCUGGAGGAUCUGGCCUUAGCAUGAAUCCAAUGUUGCCUUCAGUCAGCUAGCUAACAUGAUAAGGAUAAGGAAGCCAUUCCUCCUGUCAUUGAGCAAUUCCUGUAAGAAAAAUAUAGGGAUAACUUUAUCACGCUAAGCCAGCCAGCCAGCUUGCUUUAAUUUUCCCUUGACAGACACACAGACAGACCAAUUGUUGGGCAGGGCGGGGCAACUAAUUUCUUAUUGUUUGUAAGUAAAUUCAUUUACGUUGUUGAUGUAUAUAAGUAAAGCACUAUCCAUCAUACAUAAUUCCAAGUUGUAUAAUAGUAUAUAAAUAGUUGCUCUU